GGAUGAACAACAAUUUGUCCGCCAAUUUUAUUUGGCUAUUACAGGUACUCCGGAUUUCAUUCUUUUGAUAUGUAGAGUGACUAUCAAGGAUCCAGUCAGUAAUUGCGUCUAUUAUAUGAAACGUGGCUUCUCUUCAUUGAUCGCGCAUUUCCUUUGGACUGUCGAGUUGUCAAUAUGCCAGUCAGCUCCCGGACGAUAGCCGGAAUAUCAUCCACAUCGCUUCGAGGGUUUGCGUACCUUUUCUUAAGAUGGAUUCCUGGUCAUCAUUUUCCUCCUCUCGUAUUGACGUCGGCUGCAAUCUAUUUUACUUCAUUUGUUCACGCUUUAUGGAGGACAUCCCCUUACAAUAUUCUCGCCGAUGAGGUCGAGAUCGUGGUCAAAGAAGGAGUUGAACAUCAGAACCAGGAAGAUGUUGCCCUCCUUGCGGGCACAGUUGGUGGAACAUCUGAAGAGCUGAACGUUCAGGAGACUAUGGUCGUCCAACCCAAGCCGUCUCGUUUCUUUUCAACUCUUGUCUGGGGUACUCCAAGCCCAUCCUCACGAGUCCUGUCCAUUGUAACCGCCGCAAUCAACUUUUGCCUGGUGCUGAUGACUUUGGAUAUGGUCUAUACGGCAGCGAUUUUUCAUGAAGCUCAUGAUCUCUCUUUUGCUCGAGUUGGCUUCGUCUCGGACUCUAGCGCUAAGGUUUUGGUCCGAGAGCCAGAGUUGUCGAAGUUGCCGAUUUUCCUAUCGUACCGUCAAGCCGAGAGCGCGGGAAUCAAGAGUGCAUUAACACUGCCAAUAGAUUCGGCGUGGAAGGCUGGAGGGCAAAUUGAUUGGUUGAGUAAUGCCACGGAUUACACCUCGACGUUGACGAUUCAUAGGCUGCUACCCGAUACCCUCUAUCAAUAUGCCUGGUCGAACAAUCAUUCCGGCUACUUCGUGACGGCGCCGCCCGUUGGAAGGAUCCCGUCCCACCCUGCUCGUGGCGGCGGCGAUCGGUUUACGUUCCUACAUAGCAGUUGCAUCAUUCCUCGAUUCCCCUAUUUUCCUUUUGCGAACUCACUCAGCAUCGGUGGCUUAAAGCAUCUCGCCGAAUGGAUGCCGACCCUUGGAGCACAAUUUAUGCUGUUCCUUGGGGAUUUCAUUUACAUCGAUGUCCCCAUCCGCCACGGAUCCUCAAUCUCGCACUACCGCCGGGCAUAUCGUCAAGUCUACGCGUCUCCCGAUUGGCCCGCAGCCAGUGCAGGAAUGACUUUGGACUAUUUUCCUCCGGUCGAUAUGCCUUGGAUUCAUGUGCUCGAUGACCAUGAAAUUGCGAACGACUGGGAUAUGAAUACUACUGGAGUAUAUGACGCCGCCGUCGAUCCUUUUAUGCACUACCACAUCGCUCCGAAUCCUCCUCCGUUACAUCCCAACACGGGAGACACGACUUACACGCAUUUUACUCAAGGUCCUACAAGCAUCUUCCUCAUGGACACGCGACGAUACCGCUCCGUCGAAUUUUUGGAUAAAUCUGCCCCGAUAUCUGAGAAAACCAUGCUAGGGUCGGGUCAACGCCAAGACCUGCUGAAAUGGUUGAAAACGCCUCUCCCUUCAGGUGUGCGAUGGAAGAUCGUCAUCAGCAGCGUCCCUUUCACCAAGAACUGGCGAUUCGGAUUCGAAGAUACGUGGGGAGGAUAUCUCUCCGAGAGAAAGGUCAUCCUAGAAGCAAUGUGGGAUGCGGUGCAGAACGGCGAUGGCGUCGUUGUCCUGAGCGGAGAUCGUCAUGAAUUCGCCGCAACUCGAUUCGAUCCUCCAGACGAGAACGAUCGAUGGGGACCGAAUGUCACGGUCACUGAAUUCAGCACCGGACCCUUGAGUCAGUUCUAUCUUCCUAUACGAACGUAUAGCCAGCAGGACCAAGAAGAUGUAGCUCUCGCAUACCUGCCAGACGGAAACUCGAAGUUUGGCGCCGUGGAGAUUCGGCAGACGGACGAUAUUCGGCAGAGUUUACUAUCCUAUCGACUAUUCAUUGAUGGAACGGAGACAUGGUCGCAUAAUGUAACAAGUCCAGCAAGGCCCCGCGGUCUUCGUGGUUUCUGGUAAGGUUGCCAGCUCGAUCAUGCUGUGUAUAAGAUCUCAAAACGGGGAGGCCAUUUCAAGUGGAAUUUCAAGUUACAUUCAUAGAGACAUAGAGCAGUACAAGCAGCGCAAGCUUUCAAGGUCAUUUUAAU